GUUAUCGAACAGUACUGGACCUGGCCACACUGCGCGUUCUGUCAUCUACUUCGUAUUUUGAAAACUAACGAAAUUAACUAAAUUUAAGGGGCCUAGGGGUUUCAAAAAGAUUCGAUGGAGUUUCCGCCGUGCCCUCCCUCGCUGAAGUCCAUUCAGCACUUCCUGAAACUGGCUCAGGAGCAUGAUUCGAGAGACUUUGUGAUAGCCUAUUGGGCGAGACUCUAUGCUCUCCAGGUAGGCUUGAAGGCCUCUACCCAAACUGCAGAGGAAACCAAGUUGCUCUUGGCCAUCAUGGACUGGCUGGAGCAGGUGAAGAAGCAGUAUGCGGACAAUGAGGCGGUCACCAACGAAGUAGCUGCCCAGGCUCACAUUGAGAACUAUGCUCUCAAAUUGUUCCUCUACGCCGACAAGCAGGACCGGGAAGAGAAUUUCGGCAAAAACGUUGUCAAGGCGUUCUACUCCAGUGGGGUGCUGUACGACAUACUCCAGACUUUCGGCGAGUUGAGCGAGGAGGCUUUACACAACCGGAAGUACGCCAAGUGGAAGGCCGCCUACAUCCACAAUUGCCUGAAGAAUGGGGAGACGCCCAUUCCGGGGCCGCUUCCGGAUGAUGACGAAGACGAGUUCGGUGGGGACAACACCAAUGCGUCUGCGGGUACCCCUCCAGAAGAGCCGUCAGCUCUAGAUCCUCCUCCGGCUCCCUAUCAGCUGGACCCGGCGCCCUCGGACGUCACCCCACCCACGGCCGAGGAGAUUCUGGAUAAUCCCAACAAAUUGCCCAGCCCACCAGUGGAGGAGGAGAAGCCAGGUGGCUUCGUGCCAUACGUGCCCACGGCCCAGCCAAAUCCUGCCACAGCCGCUACCAUCUACCAGCCCAUCGUGCCGGUGGCCGGAGUGCAAAUCACGCCGGACCAAAUGAUUACCGCCCAGAAGUAUUGCAAGUAUGCCGGCAGCGCCCUAAACUACGAUGACGUGAAGACGGCCAUCGAGAACCUGCAGAAGGCCCUCAAGUUGCUGAGCACUGGGUCCGAAUGAGGAUACUAUGUGACGAAGAUAUAUUCAUACCAUGUGUAACCCAUGCACAGUUAUAGCUUAGAGCACCCGUAUAAUAAUCUCCCGCUAAUCACGCAAAUUAAAACGAUAUUUAGAUUGA